GCCGUUUGAGUUGAAGCAUGGAAAUCCGGAUCCGUGAGCAGCGCUGAGCUGAAUCGACAACGAGAUUGUGACAACAUGAUUCAAACCACCAAAUAGAAUUGAUGAUGGCUUCGUCACAUUUAGAAGAUUUAGAGACCAAGGUUUCCUCUUUAGAAUCAGAUGAUGUUCCUCCCUUUUCACUUCUGGGACUUGGAUUAAAUGGAAAGUCGGUUGCUAUUCCUGUAACUGAAUGCCAACCUGAAUCGCUGCCAUAUACCACCACUUUGCCUUUUGGUUUACCUCCUGUUAUCCAUGACCUGCCACAGAGGAUAGAUGACUUCCUUAACUGCCCUAAUCAGCUACCUGUUCAUGAUGUCAACAAGGGUCAAAGGAAAUUGGCAAGGUUAGCGAAUCCAGCUAAUCUGUACUCAGUGAGCCUAAGCACAUUACAAACCACACUGCAGGUGGAAAGGAAUGCAACAACAGGGCAACUACUUGGCUACAAAGAAGUUUUCAUAGGUGAUACUUGUGGGACAGCAAAGAACAGCCUCUCCCUGACUCGUCAGCCUGGACCUCUCUCAGAAGCAAUCCAAGGCAGUACCACCAACUUCCCCUUCAUGCCGGGAGGUCUCGCUGACGAACCUUUCCUGGACGACGAUGAUGACACUGCUUUAGGUGUUGAUAAACUCAAGGAGGCCAAUGACAUUGAUGAUCUCUUGACUGUGCCACCAGGAUGGAAGGAGGGAAUGACCUUUAAGGAUCAGAAGAAAAAUGAUAAGGCCAAAGAUGAGGAGAGAGGAGUCAGCAAGCUGAUAGAAGUCUCUGGAGAGCUUGGCCUUGAUGACAUCAUGGGGACCGAUGAUCGUUUUGACUUCUUGGAGAAGGAAACAGAAGAGGAUAGAGCGAAGGAGAAAGAAAAAGAGAGACAAAAGGAGACAGCAAAGGAAAAUGCAAAAUCCAAGGAUGAAGAACUCGAUAAGGUUUUACCUGAAGGAAACAUCAAACAGAAGGUUGAUCAAACGAAAGAACCCCUGGAGGAGAAGUCUUGGGCUAUCAACAUUGAUGUCAGUACACCAGUGGAUGACUUUCACAAGAGAGUUCCUGUUAUGGCUCACCAGUACCCUUUUGAGCUGGACAUAUUCCAAAAGCAAGCUGUUCUCAAGCUUGAGAAUCAUCAGAGUGUUUUUGUUGCUGCCCAUACAUCAGCAGGAAAGACUGUGGUAGCCGAGUAUGCCAUCGCACUAUCAAUGAGACAUCUUACAAGAACAGUGUACACAUCUCCAAUCAAAGCUUUGUCCAACCAGAAGUUCCGAGAUUUCAAGAAUACUUUUGGUGAUGUUGGUCUCCUGACUGGAGAUGUUCAGAUCAAACCUGAAGCUUCAUGCCUUGUCAUGACAACUGAAAUAUUACGAUCUAUGCUGUAUAACGGUUCUGAUGUUAUAAGAGACCUGGAAUGGGUUGUAUUUGAUGAGGUCCAUUACAUCAAUGAUUCAGAGAGAGGAGUGGUUUGGGAGGAAGUUCUAAUCAUGCUACCAGAUCAUGUUAACAUCAUCUUAUUGAGUGCUACUGUACCAAACACUAUGGAAUUCGCAGACUGGGUUGGGAGAAUCAAGCGAAAACACAUCUACGUUAUCAGUACAUUGAAGAGACCUGUCCCGCUGGAGCAUUUCCUCUAUACAGGAAACAGUAAUAAGACAAGUAAUGAACUAUUUCUUCUUGUGGAUGCUAAGAAAAACUUCCUACAGCAAGGGUACAAGCAGGCUGUCCAAGCCAAGAAAGACAGAGCAACAAAGAGCAGCACUGGUUUUGGUGCCAAAGGAACCAGAGAGGGUCAUUUCAAGAGUGACAAAAAUGUCUACAUGUCAGUGGUGGAGAUGCUUCGAAAGAAAGAGCAGCUACCCAUCGUAUGCUUCACAUUCUCAAAGAAACGUUGCAAUGAUAACUCAACUCAGCUGUCCAACCUUGACCUGACGACAAACUCGGAGAAAAGUGAGAUCACCGUGUUUAUCAAGAAGUCUGUUGAUCGGCUCAAAGGAUCUGAUAAGAAGCUUCCACAGGUUGUUCUUCUAACUGAGCUGUUGAAACGUGGCAUUGCAGUACAUCACUCUGGAAUCCUACCCAUUCUCAAAGAGGUCGUUGAAAUGCUGUUCCAAAGAGGAUUAGUCAAGCUACUCUUCGCCACAGAAACCUUUGCCAUGGGAGUCAACAUGCCAGCCAGGACCGUCCUCUUUGAUUCUAUCAAGAAACAUGAUGGUACUAACCUACGUCAUCUACAUCCUGGGGAAUACAUCCAGAUGGCUGGUAGGGCGGGGCGUAGAGGUUUAGAUACCACCGGUAUGGUUAUCAUCCUGUGUAAAGGAGAUGUACCCGAAACAUCCGAUCUUCACUACAUGAUGAAGGGUCGUCCAACGAAGCUAGAAUCCCAGUUCCGGCUGACCUACCCCAUGAUUCUCAACCUACUACGGGUUGAAGAGCUUCGAGUUGAAGACAUGAUGAAGAGGAGUUUCUCAGAGUUUUCAACCAGAAAGGAUGCAGAUAAACACAGGAAGCACAUCAAAGACCUACAACAGAAAGUCAAACAGAUUCGUGACAUAGAUUGCUACAUGUGCUCUGAUUUGGAAUCCUACUACUGUACUUGUAAAGAGCUUCAUCAACUCAGAGAAGAAACUCAGAAAGUUGUCCUGUCCCACCCGUCUGGCGUGAAGUCUCUGGUACCAGGUCGCAUCAUCAUCAUCAGGAACAAACGUUACCAGAAGAACACCCUUGGAGUUGUUCUGAGCUCUUCGGGAACAUCAAAGGACCGGAAAGUCAAGACACUCAUUCUCUGCAAUCCUUCGGACAAUGACGAAUCCAUUACCAAUGAAACAGAAGUUCACAUGUCGCCGAUAUUGAAGCACUCGUUUUGGAGGCCUGAGGGGGAGCCAAGUCAUACAGUUAAAGACUUAUUAGCAGAUGAUAUACUGGGCAUCACUACAGUCAAAAUAAAGCUAGAUGCAAACAAGAUUGUGGAGAAUUUUAACAAGAGGCAGAUUCCAAGAUUCAGGAAUGAUCCCCCAGGGCAGUCAGCCGUCUUAGCCACCCAGGAACUUCUACGACUGAUUGAGACAAAUCCAGAUGGUCUGGAUACGCUUGACCCGGUCAGGGAUCUGAAUAUAAGGGACAUUGAUCUUGUCGACAAGUUUACCACCAGAGACUUAGUAGAGAAAACUGUGGAUAAAUUUAAUUGUACGCUUUGCUUCAACUUCCAGCAGCACUAUGCUGACAUGUGCUAUAGGAUGAAAGUGCAGGAAGACCUAAAGCACUACCGAUAUCUUCUAUCAGAUAGAAGUCUUCUACUCCUUCCUGAAUACCAUCAGAGAAUACAGGUCUUGAAAGAACUGAAUCACAUUGACAAGUCUAAAACCAUCCAACUUAAAGGCCGAGUAGCCUGUGAAAUUAGCAACCAUGAACUACUCAUCACUGAGCUUGUCUUUCAAAACAUCCUUUCGCUGUACCCACCAGAUGAGAUUGCUGCAUUGCUGUCUUGUAUGGUCUUUCAGGAGAGGAGGUGCAGCGAACCAGAGCUGACAGAGAGUCUGGAAAAUGGUGUGAAGAGGAUCAAGGAAGAAGCUCUUAGGAUAGGGGUGUUGCAACAUAGCUGUGGAGUACAGAUGCCUGCAGAAGAUUUUGUUGAACAGUAUCGCUUUGGACUCACCGAGGUGGUCUAUCAGUGGGCUAAAGGCUUGGAAUUUUCAGAGAUUACUAGCCUGACAGAUGUAACUGAAGGGAUCAUUGUUAGGACUAUCCAGAGGUUAGAUGAAGUCUGUCGUGAUGUGAGGAAUGCUGCAAGAAUCGUUGGUGAUCCUAUCCUCUUCAGUAAGAUGGAGGAAGCGUCUCAACUUAUUAAGAGAGACAUUGUCUUUACUGCAAGUUUGUAUACACAAUGACCAAGAUAGAGUUAAAGCAGUGAUCCUAUCCUUUUCAGCAAGAUUGAGGAGACAUCGCAACUCAUUAAGAGAGACUUAUUUUUUCUGCAAUCUUGUAUACUCGGUGAUUGAGGAAGACUUAUAGCAGUGUGGAGUUCAUUGAUGGCAAUCAUUAAAGAUAGUGUAGUUUGUGCAUUAUUAAAUGGCAAACUUGAUUACAAAACAAAUGAAAUAGAGUUUUUGUUUAUGUAUUCAUUUAUUUCUUUAUUAAUUUAUUCAUUCAUUCAUU